AUGGACAGCGAGAGCAGAACGCCGGCGAGGGAGGAGCUGCCGACGAGCUGGCUGGGGAUCGAGGAGGCGGCGGCGCCGUUCGCGGGGAAGAGGACGAAGGUCGACGUCGGCCGGCGAUGGCCCAAGCUGGUGAAGGCCACGGUGGUGGCGUUCAUCGUGAUGAUGGCUCCCCUCCUCGUCCUCAUCGGCGGCCAGCCGGCCGGCGCGCCGGCGGUGUGGAUCAAAUCCACCGUCGCCAGCCUAGCGGCACGAGGAGAAGCCCAGAAAGACGCGCUUCUGGGCGGCCUGCUCGUCCCCGGAUUCGACGAGCCGUCGUGCGCCAGCCGGUACCAGUCCGUGCACUACCGCAAGAACAUGACGCGGCCGCCGUCGCCGCACCUCCUCCGGCGGCUGCGGCGGCAGGAGGCGCUGCAACGGCGGUGCGGCCCCGGCACGGAGCCGUACCGGAGGGCGUCCGAGCGGCUCAGCUCCAGGCAGAGCGCGGGCGACGGCGACGGCUUCGUCGCCACGGUCGACGGCUGCGGCUACCUGGUGCUGAUAUCCUACCGUGGCCUCGGCAACCGCAUCCUCGCCAUGGCCUCGGCGUUCCUCUACGCCAUGCUCACCGACCGCGUGCUCCUCGUCGACCCCGGCAAGACAAUGGCCGACCUCUUCUGCGAGCCGUUCCUGGGCGCGUCGUGGGUGCUGCCCCAGGACUUCCCGCUCGAGGGCUUCAGGGACCUCGGCGAGGACGCGCCGGAGAGCUACGGGAACGUGGCGGUGAACCGGAGUGGGUCGGUCUCCGGCCUGCGGUUCGUCUACGCGCACCUCGACCACGCGGCGUCGCCGGCGAACAGACUCCUGUACUGCGACGACCACCGCCAGUUCCUCCACCGCGUGCAGUGGGUGGUCCUGAGGACGGACAGCUACAUCGCGCCGGGGAUCUUCCUCAACCCGGCGUACAGGGAGGAGCUCGAUAUGAUGUUCCCCCGGAAGGACUCCGUCUUCUACCUCCUCUCGCGGUAUCUCUUCCACCCGACCAACGACGUCUGGGGCAUGGUCACCAGGUUCUACAACGCCUACCUCAAGAACGCCGACGAGCGGCUGGGCAUCCAGAUCAGGGUGUUCGACGGCGACGAGCCGUUCCAGCACAUCCUCGACCAGAUCCUGGAGUGCACGUCGGAGCAGCAUCUGCUGCCUGGGGUGGUGACCACCGGCGUCGGCGGCGGCGGCGCCCCGCCGCUGGUCGUUCGGUCUAAGGCCGUCCUGACGACCGGCCUCAACUCGUGGUACCACGACAGCAUCCGGGAGAUGUACUGGCGGUCGCCGUCGUCCACCGGCGAGGUGGUGAGCGUGCACCAGCCGAGCCACGAGGAGCACCAGCACUUCUUCCGGAGCAUCCACGACAUGAAGGCCCUGGCCGAGAUGUACCUGCUGAGCUUGUCGGACAAGAUCGUCACCAGCGGCUGGUCGACGUUCGGCUACGUCGGCAGCGGCCUCGGCGGCCUCACGCCGUACAUCAUGAUCAAGCCGGAGAAUCGCACGGUGCCGGACCCGCCGUGCAAGAAGGCCAUGUCCAUGGAGCCCUGCUCCCACGGGCCGCCAUUCUUCGAGUGCACCAAGAAAGAAAUCGACAAGAUUAUCGACACCGGCAACCUGCUGCCCCAUGUCCGUUCUUGCGAGGACAUGCCAUGGGGACGUAAACUGGCUGAUCCUAUUACUUAAUUGAGUAAUUUUACGGUUCU